AGGCUACAACAUGCAAAUGAGCAGAGUGUAGUUCUCUUCCUGAUUGGCUGAAGGCGUUCUGAGGUCACAAGGCAUGGGAUCUCUCCACUGCAAAAGACUGCGUCUCUAGCCCAAAAAUCUCUCUGGUCUGCUGAGCUCCUGGCUCCCUCUCUGUCCAAGCGGGACGAGACCCAUGGAGCCCCCCUACCAGGCAGCAUCCAUUCUCAUGAAGGUGAACACCUUACAAGGGAAGAAGAUGGUGGAGACGGGCCUCCAGUCUGGAGACUUCUCCCUGUCCCAGUCCUGGCCUUCCUGCCUCCCCCCGCCAGCCAGCUUGGAGACCCUGCAGCAGAAGGUGGCUGGGGUGCAACGGGAGCUGGCGGACUUCAAGAAGGAGGCGCUGAAGGCCAUCCAUUUCCUGGAAGACGCCUUCGGCAGGAUGAACGGUGCCCUGGCGCAGCAGGAGGAGCAGGCCGCCCGGGUGAAGCGGCGGCUAAGGGAGGAGGAGGACCGCGGGGUUGUGCGCAACAAGGUCCUCACCUUCCUGCUGCCGCGCGAGAAGCAGCUCCGGGAGCACUGCCAGCGGCUGGAGCACCUGCUGCUGGCCAGGAGUCGCCCCGGGCCGGGCGCCGCCAGGAAGGGCCAGGCCGACUGAGCUGCCUGCACUGCACCAGCCGCGAGCCGGGUGGGUUGGUUUUGAGUGGAAGGACGAGCCCUAAGUCCCACUUGCUUCCCUCUCCCCAUUCUCCACUGCUUUCCUUCUACCACGACAACACGUUGCUGAGAAGCGAAGAGACCCCACUGUGGUUUUGUUGGUGAGCUUGCAUUUACCCAGCCUCCUCUAGGAGGGAGGCACCCCAUCCUGGGCCAGACAUCCGUAACUUGCACCCUGAACGGUUUCCUGUUUGUAGGAGUAACAUGUACAGCAUUUUAAAAAUAUUCUUAAAUUGAUUGUGUUCAACA